UUGUUUCUAGUGAUAUUUGAGUGUUACUGUCAAAAUGACAGCUUUUGUGGGGCUUUUAGGUUAUGCAAAGUCGAGGAUUUCAUUAAAAACUUUAUUUCGUAAUUUUUACACAACAGCGAAGUUAAAUCACGGAGAAUACGAAUGGCAGGACCCCAAAUCUCCCGAUGAAGUUGUUAACAUAACUUUUGUUACAAAAGACGGUGAAAAAGUUCCUGUUAAAGGCAAAGUAGGUGAUAAUGUCUUAUAUUUGGCUCAUAGAUAUAAAAUUCCAAUGGAAGGGGCAUGUGAAGCCUCCCUAGCAUGCACUACUUGUCACAUUUAUGUGAAAAGUGACCACGAACUUACACCUCCAGAAGAGAAAGAAGAGGAUCUGUUAGAUAUGGCGCCUUUUCUUAAAGAAAAUUCCAGAUUAGGGUGCCAGAUUAUCUUAACCAAGGAUUUAGAAGGGUUAGAAUUAGAAUUACCCAAAGCAACAAGGAAUUUUUACGUUGACGGACAUACCCCAGCCCCUCAUUAAUAACAUGUGUAAAUAAUUUGUAAAUGAAGCAUGAAAUCAGCCACCAAUUUAUUUUAAUAAAAAAUGUUAGUGUUAAAA